UUCAUUGUAGGCCUCAUCUUAUCCUUCCUGUCUUAGCUCAGCUGGCACAUCCCUCUUACAGAAGUGGGAUGCCCUGAUCCCACCGCUUCGUCACCCCCUGUUUUAUGACUUGUUUCCCACAAGAUGCUGUCACCACAGCCCAGUCUCCAGAACUUUUUUCUUCUUGCAAAACUGAAACUCUGGCAUUCAGGACGCCGAAGCCAGAGGUGACUGGAGCGACAGCCAAGGACCACUGACAUGUCUGAGUUAGAGAAGGCCAUGAUGGCCCUCAUCGAAGUCUUCCAUCAAUAUUCCGGGAAGGAAGGGGACAAGCGCAAGCUGAAGAAAUCAGAACUCAAGGAGCUCAUCAACAAUGAACUUACCCAUUUUUUAGAGGAAAUCAAAGAGCAGGAGGCUGUGGACAAAGUCAUGGAGACACUGGACAGUGAUGGGGACGGCGAAUGUGACUUCCAGGAAUUUAUGGCCUUCAUUGCCAUGAUUACCGCCGCCUGUCACGAGUUCUUCACACAGGAAUAA